CACCGUCUCCGCUUUUCUCAAAGCUAACGAUUCUCCUCCCAUCGCUUAACCUCUCAUACCGUUCAACGCAUCUCUUUUAAUUCACCAAUAAUUGCUAUUCAUAUGAAACUCAGACCUUUCCGUUUCUUUCAUGUCAAUCUCUAUUAUAUAAGAGAGGGUUGAGAGCAGGAUGGAUAUUCAUCUCCAUUCCGCUAGCUCCGUAACCAACCUCUAAGCAUCUCUUCCGCACCUCUUCUGGCCUCCAGGAAUCCACCGCUCUGUUUCGGCCGGUGAGACCACAAACGAUCCGUGGAGGAUUACACCACUUCUCUUCAGAGAUGGCUCUCCGAUUCAGGCCUUUCCCCAGAAAAUAGCUAUCGAUAUAGUCGAAAUCGGAGAGAGUGGCGUCGCGUCUCAGAACCUAAGAAAAAGAGAGAAGCUUCUUUUAGUUCCUCCUUCUCACGUCAUCAGUGCUGAUUCCGUGUGGACCAGUGGUGAUACUGGUGAAGUGAUGAAACAUUACGAUGUUGACAAACAGCGGGAGUCUAAUAUCUCCGGCGAUGAUUCUUUUGCUCGCCUCUACGGAGCUUUUGAGACCCAAAUCGAGACAGCUCUAGAGAAAGCUGAGAUUGUUACCAAGGAAAAGAACAGAGCUUCUGCUAUUGAAAUGAAACCAGAGAUCCGUCGCACCAAGGCUCGAUUGUCCGAGGAAGUCCCCAAGUUGCAGAGACUUGCUAUCAAGCGAUUAAAGGGCCUCACAACGGAAGAGCUUGCUGCGAGAAAAGAUUUGGUACUUGCGCUUCCGGCGAGGAUUGAAUCUAUACCUGAUGGGACAGCGGGUGGUCCUAAAAGCACUACCAGCUACUUUUGCAUCAAUUGAUAACGAUGAUGCUGCUGUUGAUGAUGAGGAUGAAUCUAACUUUACAUUUUACAAUGAAACAUAUCUCUUAUGCUUCAUAUUUCAAAUGGUACUUCCCUGGUGAACAUCCCCACCUUCGUUACCAACCAAAAGAAUAAUAACAAUUUUUUUUUGGUCCAUAUGAGUUAAGAAUCUUCUAAUUUGUUCUCAUGCAAUCGAUCUCACACAACCCAAUAUAAAGAAAUAAGAAAAGUAAAGAGAUUCUAAUGAUCUAACUUGGGCCAUGACUUGACCUUAAGUUCAUCAAGACGUUCUUGAUAUGGUUUUUUCUCAACGAUGAUUCUUGGAUUUUGAUUUGUCAUUUACUUAUUACCUCCUUAUCUUCUAAGUAAUUUUUUUUUUGCAUUUUUAAUAAACUUAAGAAAUAGAGAAGAUAUAUAUAUAUAUAAGAAUCACAAGAGAAGAUAAAUGACCACGCCAGAGACAAACAAAUCAGUUGUUAGCCAAUCUCUCAGCAAUCACGCUUUUAUCAAUAAUCGUUUUCAAUCACCCAAACCUCAAAAGCUUAGUACCAACAGGCAACGGAGAAACGUGUGUCGGCUUCCUCGACAGUGAACAAAAGGAAGAGCAGCCUACCUCACCGUUUACUCAGAAUCAAACAAGGUUCAACUUCGAAGCCCAACUUUUUAAUGCCCAAAAAUAUAGCAAAACUACUUAUGGGUUAAUAUUAGUUUUUUUUAUUUAUCAAAUGGGUUAAUAUUAGUUUAAAUAUUAGUUUUAAGCAGAACAAGACCAUUCAGACUUUUUCUACUUUUAUUUUUAACUUUUUCUACUUUCUCUUUCACAUGAGAUAAAAAUAUCAGUACCUUUUUGGGUGGACACUUACAGAUUUAUGGAUCAUCUUAAAAAAAACAAAGAAAGUCCAAUAUUACUGGGAAUUAAUUUGGACAUUGCAUUCAUUGUAAUCGAUCGCAAUUUAAAAAUAUAAAACACAAUAAUAUUACAAUUAGU